AUGGCUACCACCCCAGUUCCUCCUCCAGACACUGCGCAGCUUUUGGCACCAUUUCUCCCUGCCAUUCCACCAGCCGCGAUCUCGAAGCAGCCAGCCAUUGGCAUUCUGCCUCUCUUAUCUCCCAUCCUUCGCCAACGAGUCAAUAUCCUGUCCUCCUCAAGUACCGAGCCAUGGCUGCGCCUUCUCUGCUACGACACGUCCAAGGUGCCUGAGCUUACCCAGAUUGCCCAGGGCGGCAGUCUUGAGCCUCACCCUGUAUCUGGAGAGGUCGAGGUAGACUGGGAUUAUGAUGCUGAGAUCCGCUAUCGCCGGGUCGACCAAGAGACUCUGCAGGCUUUGGUCGCCCUCUCCAAUCUUGGCCUGGCGUUUCAGCUCGUCUACUGUGUAGGCGACCAAGAAGGCGGCGGUGACGGGUGGAGGGUUGGCGAGGUGACUACCGCGGACAAGCCUUCUCCGUUCUCGCAGUUUGGCGGUGUCUCCAACAUUGCAGAGGCUGAGCGCCAGUUUGAAGAGGCCCAAGCCAAGAAGGCGGCCAAGCAAACAACUAGUGCGACCAGCCACAGCCACAGUUUACACGUCCCGAAUGGCGGUCUUGAAGAUGAGGACGACGACGACGAUUACUGGGCACGAUAUGAUGCAACACCUGCUCGCACACCCGCCCAGAAGCAUUCACCCGCUCCCCCAUCCAUGCCAACUUCUCAAGCUGGGGACCACCAUACGUCUUCAGCCGAGGACGCAUACUUUGCGCAGUACGACACUGUCCAGCCCGCCAUGGACAAUCACGAUCCUGACGAGGAAGAGGCGGCAAAGCAGAUUGCUCCACCCCUUGGGCUUGGACGGGUCGUGACGCACGACUCUGCCGAAGCCACAGAACUUAACGAGACACAAGGGGCAUGGACACUGGCCGAGCUUGACAAGAGUGAUUCAAGCCCAACCCGAAGCGGGGAUGACUCUGAACGCCACGCUGCUCUCUUGCACCCGCGCCCAGCCUCGAGCGCCAGCUCCAACGGGUCGGAAACGGUCGCCAAGCUUGAAGCCUCAGCCGGCAAGCAGGAACAGAACGAGUUUGGCGUUAAGCAGCAUGUCUCGCGUAGCAUUCGCAGUCUGUACAUGCUUGCCCGCGCCUCGGGUAUCGAUCGUCAGGAGUUUGAACGCAUUAUCCAUACCGAGCUCGACGUUCUCGGUAUGGUGGAGGAUCACGAUUGA